AUGGAAGGCACAGGGCCAUCUAAAAGUUCGGAGCAUGAGAAAUACCGGUCCCCGCUGGUGUCCAGAUAUGCUAGUCCAGAAAUGGCUAGCAAUUUCGGUGAACUGAAGAAAUUCUCCACCUGGAGGCUGUUGUGGACUUACCUUGCAGAAGCCGAAAAAAAAGUAGGAUUGGAAAAUGUAACCAUUACAGAGGAACAAAUCGCUGCCAUGAAAGCACAUGUGGGUGAUAUUGACUUUGAGCGUGCUGCACUUGAAGAGAAGCGUGUACGACACGAUGUCAUGGCACAUGUUCACACAUUUGCUGCGUGCUGUCCUAUAGCAGCCCCAAUUAUACAUCUGGGGGCCACUUCUGCCUAUGUUGGAGAUAACACGGAUCUCAUAGUGAUGAGGGAUGGCUUUAAUAUCCUGUUACCAAAGUUGGCAAGAUGUAUCCAGAGAUUGGCAAUCUUUGCUGAAGAAUACAAAAAUUUGCCUUGUUUGGCCUAUACACAUUUACAACCAGCUCAGUUGACCACUGUGGGAAAAAGAGCAUGUGUAUGGAUACAAGACCUUCUCAUGGAUAUACGAAACUUGGAAACAGCUCGGAACAAUCUCAGGUUCCGAGGCGUAAAGGGAACCACAGGAACUCAGGCUAGCUUUCUAGCACUGUUCCAGGGAAACCAUGAAAAGGUGGAAGAACUGGAUAGACUCGUUACAGAGAUGGCAGGAUUUAAAACGAAUUUCCUGAUAUGUGGUCAGACAUACAGUCGGAAGGUGGACGUGGACUGUCUCAAUACCUUAGCUAGUUUGGGGGCUUCAGUACACAAGAUUUGUACAGAUAUUCGAUUGUUAGCAAGCUUUAAGGAACUGGAAGAGCCUUUCGAAAAAGAUCAAAUUGGUUCAAGUGCCAUGCCCUAUAAACGUAACCCUAUGAGGAGUGAGCGUUGUUGUGCGUUGGCACGUCACCUUAUGUGUUUGGUCCAGGAUCCACUAAUGACGGCUUCUGUCCAAUGGAUGGAACGCACACUCGAUGACAGUGCUAACAGGAGAGUGUGUUUGGCGGAAGCCUUCCUGACGGCAGACAUUGUUCUCAGUACCUUACAGAACAUCUCUGAAGGCAUUGUAGUCUACCGAAAGGUGAUUGAAAAGCGUGUUCAACAGGAAUUACCCUUCAUGGCGACAGAGGAUAUUAUCAUUGCUAUGGUGAAUGCUGGGGGCAACAGACAGGAGUGCCAUGAGCAGAUUCGUGUCCUGUCCCAGGAAGCUGGACUAGUUGUUAAGCAGGAGGGCAGGGAGAAUGACCUUGUAGCCAGAUUAAAGAAAUCAGCAUACUUUGAACCUAUUCACCAUUGUCUCGAUGAAUUACUGGAGCCGGAAAAAUUUAUUGGCCGUGCACCUAGACAGGUGACCAAGUUUAUCGAGGAGGAAGUCAAAGUUGGUAUCAAAACCUACACGGACAAGAUGGAUGUUAAAUCUGAACUUGACCUCUAAGAAAAUCUCGACAAAGACGUGUCAGAAGGGUUUAGAAUUCCAAACUGAUGUUAGAUCUGAAAAGUCUGCAAGUUUGUAUGAAAGUGAAAGAUUGAAAGGUUUCCAAUGUUUGGUCAUGAAUUACGAUUUACAAGAUCUUAUGGGAAUGCAAGGAUGUACAUACUUCAGCAUUACAUGUCAUAUCCUCUCAUAAUCAUUGGUGGAUUGGAUAUUUCUCUUUUACAUAUUCAAGAAAUCCAUAAUGAUUACAAUUUAAAUAAAUUAUGAUGGUGCAGAUUACAA